GAGCUUUCCUCAGAGGUUGUAGUUGAAAGGUUGUGCGUUGACGUUCUAAACCGGGAGAGCACGGAACAGCUAUUUAUAAUUCAUUUUUAAAAUAAAGAAGAAUCGGCGAGCGACUAUGUCUGCUUCUAAAGAAGUGCUGCAGCUCGAUCUGUAUGCUCUGCUCGGGGUGGAAGACGGAGCAGCUCCGAAAAAGAUUAAGAAAGCCUACAGACAGAAGGCGCUGACGUGCCACCCAGACAAGAACCCAGACAAUCCCAAAGCAGCUGAACUCUUCCACCAGCUCUCCCAGGCUCUAGAGGUCCUGACUGACACAGCUGCCAGGGCAGCCUAUGAUCAAGUAAGAAAAGCCAAAAAGCUAGCGGAGGAGAGAACCAGGAAACUUGACGACAAGAGGAAAAAGAUUAAACUAGAUUUAGAGGCCCGGGAAAGGCAGGCACAAGCCCAAAAUCUCGAAGAGGAGGAAAUAAAAAUAACACGGACCUUAGAAGAAGAGAUAAUCCGUUUGCGAGAGGAAGGCUCCAGGCAGCUCCAAGAAGAACAGAGGCUGAUAAAGGAACAGAUCCAAAGAGAGAGGGAUGUUGGGGCAGACAGAGGGCACAGACCACCAGGUACACAGCAUGGAAUGAAAUCCGACAGCAAUGUGACCCCCAAAUUAAAAUUAAAAUGGAAGAGUAAGAAAGAUGAGACCAACGGUGGCUAUUCCCAUGAUUUUCUCCUUGGGCUUCUCCACAAGUAUGGUGAUGUGUUAAAUGUCCUCGUAUCUACUAAGAAGACUGGCAGUGCAGUUGUAGAGUUUGCUACAGUCAAAGCAGCAGAGUUAGCUUUUAAAAAUGAGCGUGGAUUAACAAGUAACCCUCUGAAGAUCUCCUGGCUGGAAGGACAGCCUGCACCACCACCUGUCACUCUCAGCCAUCUUUCUGACACCAGCACACAGGGUUCUGUGUCCAUGGCCAGGGACUACGAGAGUGUGGUGAUGAUGAGGAUGAGACAGGCGGCGGAGAGACAGCGACUCAUUGAGGAGAUGCAGAAAGAGGAUGAAGAGGACGCACGGACAUAGCACAGAGAGAACCCGGGCAUUCACACUACUUUAAUUUUAAUAAAACCCUUUUUUUAUAUUUUACAAAAAUGUUAUAUUUUCUUUUUGUAGAAAUUAUUAAAAACCCAACGAAAGUGAAAUGUAGGUCUAGGGUUAAAAACCUGCUCAAAUGCUCAGGGAAUGCUAACAAAGUUUUUACUGUCAGUAUCAUUGUGAAACCUGUUUUAGUUAGUGGUGUGAAUUAUGAAUUUACUUUUCAUAAUGCAUUAUUUGUGAUUAUUAUUUUUUUUUUUUAUCACUUCUGGAUUCAUU